GCUGCGCGCUGGCGCAGUCAAUACUUGUAAGGCUGUACGCAUAUUUGGCAUGCCUUCUGUUACGGUACUAUAGUUUGCAAGUUCAACUGUACAAGGUGCAGUACGUGUAUUUGACAGUGUUUACGUUUCCUUCUAUGUACGAGUAUUAAUUAAAUUUUACCAUCUAUGGAAACAUUAGCUCUGCACAGGAAGGCAACCAGUAAUGCCAGUAAACGCUUGUGGUACUCCACCCAGUUGUAGUAAUGCGGUUUCUGUCAGAUAGAACGGCGGUGAUUCUCUUCUAUUAUGUCGUCCCUGGGGUACUCCUUUGCUCAUUGGCGGUUAAUAUUGCACUGAGUGUUAUUGUGGCCUUAAACUCCACAAAGCACGAUUCGCCAACACAGACUGAUGGAUCGAGGCAUAACUCCAACAGAAGUGCUAGCAUUCGAGCUGGCGCUGACCCGACUGCAAUAUACUGGGGACGCUUCGAACCCACGCGUACUGCGCGUCUCUCCAUACCCUACAAAAACUUCCGGGUUCUCAUCUACGAGCCCGCGCCCUCCGUCAACGAAAAUCCGUUAACCGCGCGCCGUGACCUGUACUACUACACUCCCGCCGCCAUUCUAAAUGUCUCCUCGGCAGUUAGCUCCAACAAUAAAUUCGCUGGAAAAUUCCAAGUGGAAUUCUCGAUCCUGAUGUGGGAUGGAGAUUACGUGGCACACAUUCGGAGAGAGAUUUCGGAGCGGCUCAAUGUCCCGAACCCAAAACUACGCAUCAUCCCUAUUGAGGAAGUGCGUGUUGAUCUGAUUUCGCCGGAUUGGAGCAAAACCUACGAGAUAGACAACGACUGGCGUCCUUAUUCUAUGGCACCGAUGUACGUACCCUUCCGAUUCUUCUGCACCACGAAGAACGAAUGCCUGGAUCUAAAGGACGAUAUUACCCGUGACCCGGAGCAUUUUUUAUCGGACCUGGUGAUGUACUACAAUCUGCAGUCGAAGACCAGCAGCGCCCGCCGACUGACGGUCAAUGUGGAGUUUAUCAGUACGGGAAAAUUGUUCUCCGAACUGCGGACCCGCUUUACCGGUUCGACGGAUGUGUACCUGAGCGGCGCGGAUGCCAAAGAGCUGACGACCGAAAUCGCUACUAACCUCUUGGCGGCGGAGAUUUCCGAUGCGGAUUUUGUGGAUCAGGAGAGCUCACCCAAGCUGAUGCAGUUGAUUGAGAGCGCACUGGAGCUGUCCACGGAAUCCAGCAAGAACUUUGACGCCGCCAAAUGGCGUUCGGUAUUCUGGAAGGACGAGAAUGCCCGACCGGAUAAAGUAACCUACCGGCUGAAUGAAGCGUACUCCAAGCUGGACCGCGAAUCGCAGUUGCUGAUAAAGGAGGCGCACCUAAGGAAGGAUGAGACGAAUCUGUGCUUUAACCUAACGGGAAAGUACCAGAGCGGGAAAGAUAAGGACAAAGAUAAAGGUAAAGGCAAGGAUAAAGACAAAGGCAAAGGUGAAGCGUCCAAACAGCUAUGGCACGCUGGCACCGAUGUCGGAUUUAGCGAUCCAUUCCACCAUAUGCGCAGCAAGCGAGGUGCUGGGGAUUGUGGAUGCCCGCCAAUCCAGUGCAGUUGUUAUAUUUGUGGUUGCAAUACCAAUGUUAUGCAGCUAGAACCGAAGCCGAUUACGACCACCACCCGGUCGACCACCACCACCACUACCACUACCACCCCGGUUCCCACCCGGCCGCCCCGUCCGACUCACCCUCCCGGCACCACCGAAGAGGAGGAGGAGGAUGACGAGGAUUCGCCGACAACAACGACCGCCCCCACAAACACGACGGCGAAACCGAAGGAUAAGGAGCGUGAUGUAUCCGGCACGCUGAAGGCCUGCAUACCGCAGUCCACCCAGACUAACGACACUAAAGCCCAGGAAGAGUUCAACAAGUAUUUCGAGGAGAGUCGCAAUUUCUCAGAGUUUCAAGGGGAAAAAUUCGAAGUGAAGACUAUGAGUCUGAAACGAUUGAACCUCGCGUCGCUGGUCAGUCGCACCACGUUCCAGACCAGUUCGAUUCGGCUACAGACCGUCCUGGCGGUUAUGCGGACCAAUAUCAAUCUGGACCUUGGGCAAGCAACCCCGGUUACGCAGGAUACCGAAGACUCCGAGACCGAGGAUGACGAUACGAGUCGUUUAGGGAUCGGGAAGGACGUCCGUGAAGUGUUCUUCGUGCGGGCCAAUGUCACAUCGGCCGGGUUCAACCCGGCGCACGCCGCCCACAUGUGCCUGGCCUUCAACAGCAGACUGGCCACCGCCCGCGAUAUGCGCCAGGCGUGGGUGAACGGCGCCAACUGGUGUAAUCUCGGCCACAUUAAGCCCGAAGGCUCGGCUUGGGCGACGGCAGUCUAUCCCAACCGGAACUGCUUUGCGGAUGGAGUAAAAGAGACGUACGCGCCGGAAGUGUGUAUCAGCGACCCGAACCGAGUCAAGGCAUCGCUGCUACAGGAAGUCAUUCAAGUUAUCCCGAAUCCGAGUGAUGGCAGGAUAAAUGAGACGUUUGUCAACGGGGUGAACUGUUAUGGUAUUAAACCACAAGAUGGUGAUGAGAUUUACUAUUCGGGAAUACGCAUGUUGGUGUCAUAUUUCCGAAAUGGCGUGUAUAUGCAACCGUUUCAAUAAAACGAAUAUCUCG